GGCAAGAUUUCCCGCACGCACCUGAACGCAGCACUGCAAAGCACUGUGGGAUUUUAUGCCGGUCCCAAGCUUCUCGAAGGAACUGCAACGAUGAUGCCCACAUCAGUGAUCCUGUUGAAGGAGGGGACAGACACGUCUCAGGGAAUCCCGCAGCUCAUCAGCAACAUCAAUGCCUGUCAGGUUAUAUCCGAGGCUGUGAGGACAACCCUGGGGCCCAGAGGGAUGGACAAACUCAUGGUCGACAGCAGAGGUAAGGCCACCAUUUCCAACGACGGGGCCACCAUCCUGAAGUUGCUAGAUGUGGUCCACCCAGCAGCCAAGACCCUGGUGGACAUUGCCCGCUCUCAGGACGCUGAGGUGGGGGACGGCACCACCUCGGUCACGCUCUUGGCCGCAGAGUUCCUGAAGCAGCUGAAGCCCUACGUGGAGGAGGGGCUCCACCCUCAGACCAUCAUCCGAGCAUUCCGUACAGCGACCAACCUGGCUGUCGCAAAGAUCAAGGAGAUCGCCGUUCCUGUGAAGAAAGACGACAAACAAGAGCAGCGGCAGUUGUUGGAAAAGUGUGCAGCCACAGCCCUCAACUCCAAGCUAAUCGCCGUUCAGAAGGAGUUCUUCUCCAAGAUGGUGGUGGACGCCGUCAUGUCGCUGGAUGAGCUGCUGUCCCUCAAGAUGAUCGGCAUCAAGAAGGUUCAGGGAGGAGGACUGGAGGAUUCCCAGUUGAUUUCCGGAGUCGCCUUUAAGAAGACCUUCUCCUACGCCGGCUUCGAGAUGCAGCCCAAGUCUUACGAGAAUCCAAAGAUUGCGCUGCUCAACAUUGAGCUGGAGCUGAAAGCCGAGAAGGACAACGCCGAGGUUCGGGUGAAGUCAGUGGAGGACUAUCAGGCCAUCGUGGACGCGGAGUGGAACAUCCUUUACGACAAGUUGGAGAAGAUCUACCAGUCGGGAGCUAAGGUGGUUCUGUCCAAGUUGCCCAUCGGUGACGUGGCCACCCAGUACUUUGCCGACAGAGACUUGUUCUGUGCCGGGAGGGUCCAGGAGGAAGACAUGAAGAGGACCAUGAUGGCCUGCGGGGGCUCUAUCCAGACUUCUGUUGGUCAUCUGACGGACGACGUGCUGGGCCAGUGUGAGCUCUUUGAGGAGGUCCAGAUGGGAGGAGAAAGGUAUAACUUGUUCAAGGGCUGCCCCAAGACCAAGACGUGCACCAUCAUCCUGCGAGGCGGAGCCGAGCAGUUCACCGAGGAGACUGAGCGCUCGCUGCACGACGCCAUCAUGAUCGUGCGCAGAGCCAUCAAGAACGAUUCCGUGGUUGCGGGUGGAGGAGCCGUGGAGAUGGAGCUGUCCAAGUACCUGCGGUAUUAUUCGAGAACCAUUCCGGGGAAGCAGCAGCUGCUGAUCGGCGCCUACGCCAAGGCCCUGGAGAUCAUCCCCAGACAGCUGUGUGACAACGCCGGCUUUGACGCCACCAACAUUUUGAACAAGCUGCGUGCCAAACACGCUCAGGGCGGCAUGUGGUACGGCGUGGACAUCAACAACGAGGACAUCGCCGAUAACUUUGUCGCCUGCGUGUGGGAGCCGUCCAUCGUCCGCAUCAACGCGCUGACCGCAGCCUCGGAGGCGGCCUGCCUCAUCCUGUCUGUCGACGAGACCAUCAAGAAUCCGCGCAGCAGUGUCGACGGACCCCCGGGAGGCGGAAGGGGCAGAGGCCGCGGAAGACCUCACGGCCACUAAAGACCCCCCCCGCACACCCUCCACUUUUCAAUUACAUUGACGCCAACAGUUACACACACACGGGGAACCGAAGGUGUUGUUUAAACACAAAUUUCAGCCCAUUUUCUUUGAAGACAUUUCAUUAGCCCCCCACCCCCUCCCACCACCUGUGAGUUUCGGGUUUAUUGUGUGUGUGUGUGUGAGACUUACCAAGCACGGCCUUCGUUUUGCAGGUUUGUCACCAUCCUCGAGGCCCGCUUCUUCCUCUUGCGUUCUGUAACGGCUCAUCUGGUUUUUGCUGAUGUGACAUCCAAUGAAAAGCACUGAAAGGAACUGCGCCGUGUGCGUGUAUUUAUUGAACCAUUCUUACAAACAAUAAACGCACCGCUGAAAUCAAA